CGCUAUGAUCAAACAUUGAAGAGCGCUUGUUUAAUUACAUACAGCAGCACAACAUGGCUUUCAAGCGAAAAACCUCAUCGUCAUUUGGACUGGAGAGAAGAGUGCGACCGAGGAGAGAGGAUGAGUGGGUAGAAGAGCCAGAGAGUCAAGGUUCCUCAAGUGAGGGCGAUGAUGAGGUUGAGGAGGAGGAGGGUAUUCGAGGCGUAUCCGAUGAUGAUGAUGACGAGGGAGAGGAAGAUCAAGAAUCUGAAGAAGGGUCGGAAGAUGAAUCAGAGCCUGAGCAAGACACGCCAAAGAUAGACCUCUCAUCGGUCUCAUUCGGAGCUCUCGCAAAAGCACAAGCAUCACUGCCAUCUGCUGGCCGCAAAUCGAAAUCGAAGAAAUCGACCGAUGAAGACGCUUCAAAAACAGAAACGCCAGCACCCAGGAAAUCCACCAAAUCAAAGGACGACCCCAAGCCCAAACGAUCUUCCAAACACGCCCCCCAAGAACAAACCUCCAAAAAGCCCGUAUCUCGCCGCCGUGAGAUCCUCCCAGAUAACCGGCGCCAAUAUCGCGAUCCUCGCUUCGACCCCCUAGUAGGCCGCGUCGAUGAAGAGAAAGCUAGCAAAGCAUACGCCUUCCUCGACGAAUACCGCGACAAGGAGAUGGCCGACCUUCGCGCCCAGAUCAAGAAGACCAAAGACUCCUACGAGAAGGACAAUCUAAAGCGCCAACUCCAAUCUAUGGAAUCUCGCAAGAAGGCCAACAUGCGAAGACAGGAAGAGGAGAGAUUGCUAAAGGAGCAUCGCCAGAAGGAGAAGGAGCUUGUGGCGCAGGGCAAGACGCCGUUCUACCUGAAGAAGAGCGAGCAGAAGAAGCAGUUGCUUGUUAAUAGAUAUGAGGGCAUGAGCAAGGGACAGGUUGAUAGGGCGAUUGAGAGGAAGAGGAAGAAGGUUGCUGGUAAGGAGAAGAAGGAGUUGGACUUUUUACAAAGAGGUUCUCGACCACGAGGAUAAUCGAGUUACAAGAUCAGAGAGUUUACAUCAGUACAGCGAUUGGGCUUACUAUCUGAGUUGUGUAAAAGACCUCCGAUUGUUUCGGACAGGAGUUCAUACACCAUCGCUUUGACUCCAUUUGUCCACCAACGCAUACGUCAAACAUAGCGAUAUUGCAUUUCAAAACAUCUGCCUUAGUUUUUUACAAGCCACUUAUGACUUAGAUAUGCAUUUCAGCCCACCAUAGCUUCUGAACAUCCCUCCAACGGCCCAACCUUUCCCCUCAGUAAAAAGUUCACAGAAACAGCAAAAGAGAAAACAUACAACAGCGAGGAUUCGCUGGUCGUCACCGACCCAAC